UUUCCCUGUUUUGUUUUUUCAUCCUCUGACUUAUGCGCGUUCGCCUUAGGGUCUUUGGUGCAGAUAGCAGAGCCGCUAUUUUGGUGAAGUUAUUGCGAUCCAAAUUGUUUUUGCUGAGAAUCUAACCACGGGCGAUGGGGGUCAACUUAAGACAAUGUGGAGGGACCAUCGGCCCUGUCCAGUGGUGACUUCAUAAUGGCUUGUCGAAGUGGCUGCUGCUGCAGUUUUGGUCCAGUGAACGAAGAUAAUGCGAGGUUCCUGAUGCUGGCACUGCUCAUAAUUAUCUACCUCCUGUGUGGGGCCGCCGUCUUCUCCGCGCUGGAGCACCCGAAGGAGAAGCAGGCGAAGGAGAGGUGGGCGCAAAGGUUCGAGCAUUUCACCAGCAAACACAACCUGAGCAGAAAAGACCUGCAGAACUUCCUUAGGCAGUACGAGGAGGCGAAUGUUGCCGGUAUACGUGUGGACGCCACCAGACCCCGCUGGGAUUUCACCGGCGCGUUCUAUUUCGUUGGCACAGUGGUUUCAACCAUAGGGUUCGGAAUGACCACCCCCGCCACCGCCGGAGGGAAGAUCUUCCUCAUCUUCUACGGCCUCAUCGGCUGUGCGGCCACCAUCCUCUUCUUCAACCUGUUCCUGGAGCGGCUGAUCACCGUCCUGGCCUUCGUGCUGAAGUCCUGCCACGAGCGGCAGCGGCGGCGGCGGGGGGUGCUCCCCCACGCGGGGCGCCGCGUCUCCGAAGGCUUGGGGGCGGGGCCGGGCCUGGCCGGGUGGAAGCCCUCGGUCUAUUACGUGAUGCUGAUCCUGGGCGCGGCGGCCGUGGCGGUGUCCUGCGGCGCCUCGGCCAUGUACGCGUCCGUGGAGGGCUGGGGCUACGUGGACUCACUCUACUACUGCUUCGUGGCCUUCAGCACCAUCGGCUUUGGCGACCUGGUGAGCGGGCAGCGGCCGCACUACGAGGGCCACGGCCUCUACCAGCUGGGCAACUUCGUCCUCAUCCUGACCGGCGUCUGCUGCAUCUACUCCCUCUUCAACGUCAUCUCCAUCGUCAUCAAGCAGGUGCUCAACUGGAUCCUGGCCCGGGUGGUGCUGCCCUGCUGCUGCUGCUGCCGCUGCCGCCGCCGGGCGCCGGGCGGGGCCGGCCUCCGCCACCGCCGCAACGUGGUGAUGCCGGGCCACUUCCGCACCCGCCGCAACGCCUCCAUCGACACGGACGGCAUCAACGAGAGCGAGACGGAUGGCCGCCGCGUCUCGGGAGAGAUGAUCUCCAUGAAGGACUUCCUGGCCGCCAACAAGGUCAACCUGGCCAUCAUGCAGAAGCAGCUGUCGGAGACGGCCAAUGGGCACCCCCGCCCGUCGGGGUCCAGCGCCCGCCACAACGGCUUCUCCGGGGGCGUCGGGGCGCUGGCCAUCAUGAACAACCGGCUGGCUGAGACGAGCGUGGAUAGGUGAGGCCUCUCCGGGCGUUCCAGAGGCAUUGCCAGCCAAGCAGCCGGGAUGGGAUCAUCAGAUACAUUUGCCUUGUGUCCCCAAUCACCAAAGCGCAGGCGGUCAACACGUCCACCUCUCCCUUUUCCUGUGACCGUGAUACUCUCCCCCAUGAGAUCCUUUGCUGAUUCUGCAGCAUGGAAGUGUUGGAAACGUCAUCCAAAGAAACUCUCAGUUGUUCUUGUUUUUGGUUUUUGCUUUCCCCUCCUCUCCUCCCUUCUUAUUGGCUCUUUUGCCCCAAGAGCCUCAGAACCAACAGAAAACCAAAAUCAGAUCUUCUACGCCACGAAUGUAGUCGUCCCUUUUCACCCAAAACUUCGGGACCCUUUUAAUCUAUGCAGUCGAUCUUGCUGUGUGCUUGCUUGCCUCCCAGGAUAGUUUUCUUUGAUUCGCAGUGGUGAUAUGGCUUAUUAGAGAAUUUCCUUGUCUCAUUACAAGUCAAAUAAAUGAGACCAAUGCAAAAGCACUGGUCUCCAAUGCAAAAGCAUUGAUCUCAUUUAAGUGCAUGGCAACAGCAAGAAAUACAUACCUGCUUUAGAUGGACAGCUAACCAGUAGCUUUCAUCAGUUGUUGUUUGCUUCCCUUGCAUGCUGGGAAACAAACAAAAGUGGAUGUACUCAGUGUGUCAUCUCUUUCACGCCAAUGAUACUGUCUUAGAUACCAACUCAGUAGAACCCGUGGAAGUUUACAUAUCAAGAAAAACUGUGAAAGAUAAUAAAGCACAUUUCCUGUUAUAAAAGUAAAUGCAUGGCAUCCUAGACCAAUGUAAGCAUCCUGUAUCGUUGGUGCCUAGUCUGAUAUAUAGGUUAUACUGUUCAUAAACCAAAAGGGUUGCACUGACAGUUUUUACAGAGUGCCAAGGUGUAGCACCACUGUAACAAAUGGCUUCAUUUUUCCGUCUGCGCAUGUUGUGUGCAAUCUGUACGUGCAUCGGGCCGGAUGAAUCGCGAUCACACCUGGACUCACUCGGCAAACUUGUCGUCGCAUGAAGGGAAGGGAGACGUCGUGUUUUUCGUUACAGAGGUUCAAAGGCGAAGACAACGGGAAAGAAAACAGAGGGGGAGGGGAGGACGGCGAAGGAGGACGUAUUUGGAGGCUGAAUAAUAGGAGCCGGCUUUCACUCCCGGGUCUCUUUUGAGCGUGCGCGGUGGACCUGAACGCCUGUCUCCCUGUGCGGCGCCCGCCAUGAUGUCACGCGGUUUUGCGAGUCGUGCCCCUGGCUCGCCAGAGGAGAGAAAAAAAACACGGCAGAAGCAGCUUACCCCCGUCUUCCCCAUUCUCUCAGUCACACCCAGACACAGCUGACUGGAAGCAGAGUGAGAUAACUGUAAUGCGCGGCAUAGCAAUCAACAGAAACAGAGGAAUGUGCUGGAAUAUUUUUGUACGGAAUGACAAUAGCUACAAGGCGAGGCACUAAAGUGGCUGUAUAUUUUGCUAAGGAACAGGUGGGUUUGUUCAAGGCGUGGCUCCUUGUACCCUGUGUCAUAUCAUCUCCAAGGACCUAACAUAUUACUGGCUGCAGAGAUUGCAAUGUUUACAAAGUAACUGCUGCCCUGAUGAAAAAGUCAUAUGUCCAUACAUGAUAUUUCACAGAAUCCAUUGCACAAAAUGAAUAAGAACUGAAAUAUAUUACAAAAUAUUUUUAUUAUUGUCACCUCAGUAUACUGUUAGACAUAUGCACUGUAUUUGGCCUCUUGCAGAACCUUCAGAGCUUCACAGGUGACUACUGUGUGUGAAAGAAAACAAUAUCAUACCCUUUAGAAAUUGAUUAAAAACGUUAUUGUCAGACCCUGUGAAAUACAUAUGUUGAAAUGCUUUUGCAACAUAGACACACAUCAGGGCGCUCAUGAGCUAGGAGUGUUAACCCUGUCAUGUCAUUAGAUGGAGAAAGCCAGUAGAGCUUGGAAAAAUAACCAAUCCAUCAUCUCCCCCUCGUAUCAGGCGUAGAAUUUCACACAGAAGUGAAUACAUUGUGAAUACAAACAAUUCAAUAGUUCUCAGGACAAUAAAUAAUUCAGGCUUUUUGAAGAGCUUUCAUCGUGGUCCUGGUGUGAUGACAUUGGUCAAAUCUGGCCCCUUCCCUAGGUCACACACAAGAAUAUUGAACAUACUACAGUUUAAAUUGU